AUGAAAUGGAGCUCUGUCAUUAGUAGCAAAUGCAGUACAUUGAGAAGAUGUUACACUCUAAGCAGGUCUACCGGGCUUAACAUGCAUACCAUGAAUAACAGGCUUAACACGUUUAACAUGCAUUCCAUGAAUAACAGGCUUAACACGUUUAACACUCUUAGUCCUGAGAAGCGGUUCUGUUCGCACAUUUGCUUCAAUGAUAACAAACAAAAUUUAAAAAAGUUCGCUAACUUAAAAAACAUUGAUCUGCGGAAAAAUGAAAAAACAAAUAAAAUUGAAAUUUUUGUGGAUGACAAAAUAUUAUUAACAAACAAGAAAAAUGUUUUUGCGUUGGAAAACUAUGAUUUGUGCUUUUUGAUAAAACUGGAGCUACUAAGAAAUAGAAAAGAAAUGGAAAUAUUAAAAAUGCCCUUAACAUUAUCUGUAAAUAAUCUUAUAGAUUUUAUAAAUUUAAAAGAAGGAGAACACAAAACAUUGGAAGGGUCUAAUUACAAAAGGGAGCUCUACCAUAUAGAAGAGGAGGGGGAGCCGAACAAGAGAACGCCUCUUCAAUUUUUUGAACAGGGCAAGGUUAUUUGCAGAAGUAAAAAUGAAGUGGGAGAUGAAAAAAUGAAUAUAGGGAAGAGAAGUAGCAACAGCAGUAACAGUAGUAACAGCCAUGGAAACAUCGAAAGUAAGGCCCAAAUCAGAAUGAACUCCUUCGAAAUAGAAAGAAUUCUUAUGGAAAAUAAAAUUUAUGAACACUUUAACAAUGAUUUAAUAUUUUACGGGAACAACGAAAUAAACAUUUUAGACACACACAGAGAAAAAGAGGAUUUAGAAAAAAAUAUAAAUUUGCCAAGUAGUCUUAAUUAUGUGGAAAAUUAUAAAAUAAAAAAUUUAUAUAAGGAAGAAAAUACUGUUUAUAACAAAUUUAUAAACAUUUUUGAACGCAUUCAUCAAGUAAAAUUAAAUAUUGCGAAAAAUUUUGAAACACCUGAACAAGAUCAAAAUGUUCAGAAAAAAAUGAAGAAUUUAAUUAAAAACCUGAACGAUUCAGAAGUUUUUAUUUUUUACAAAUGCUCACAAAUUUUACAUUCUUUUAUAUUUACCUAUUUAUUUUUGAAUAACUAUGUAGAUUAUAAAGAAGCAUAUCGUUAUUGUAAUUUAGAAUAUAUAUAUCAAUAUUUUAAAUGGGGAUACGUGUUUGAUGUAAACAGUGAAAAGGACGCGAGCACGCUACUGCGCCUCUCCUCCUUGCGCUUGAUUAACAAAAUUAUAAAUGGGCAAGCGCCGAAAUGUAGCUAG